CACCUGUCCUGUAUGUCACUAAAAUUCUGGUAGGCGAAUAAAUUCAAUAUGCUGAAUGCAAGUUAUAAAAUUUUGCGAAAACUAAAUCGUUGUACCAUAUUAAAAAAUACUUUAUUUAUCCAAACUCAAGAAACGCCUAACCCCAACAGCUUAAAAUUUUUGCCUGGUUGCCAAGUUUUGGCAUCUGGUACUUAUGAAUUUAAAUCAUUGGAUUCUGCAAAAAUAUCACCUUUAGCAAAAAGCUUAUUAAAAGUGGAAGGUGUCAAAAGUAUAUUCUUGGCCACAGAUUUUAUAACAGUGAAUAAGAGUGAUGAAAAUGAGUGGCAGCUUUUAAAACCAGAGAUUUAUUCAAUAAUUAUGGAUUUUUUUUCUUCUGGUUUAUCAGUCAUUGAAAACAUUAAAGAUAAUGAACCUCAAAAAAUAGUAGAGGAAGAUUCAGAGACAGUUCAAAUGAUCAAAGAAAUUCUUGAUUCUCGUAUUAGACCAACAGUGCAAGAGGAUGGAGGAGAUGUCAUUUUUAUAGGUUACAGUGACGGUGUUGUGAAAUUAAAAAUGCAAGGUGCGUGUACUGGUUGUCCUAGCUCUGUCGUAACUUUGAAACACGGUAUAGAAAAUAUGCUAAAAUUUUACGUACCCGAUAUUAAAUCAGUGGAACAAAUUGAAGAUGAAACAGAAACCAUCAGUCAAAAAGAAUUCGAAAAAUUCGAGAAAAAAUAAUUUAAUUUUUUUAAAAAAUCUUUUCCGUAUUUAUUAUUAGGCUGAAGAUAGAUACGAAAAUAAUUUAGUUCAAAAAGAAAUCUUGACGAAACCUUGAAACUUUCCCGAGCAAAAAAAGGGAAAAUUUUUCUUAUUUUUUUCUUAUAUUUAUACAAAUUUUGGUGCGCAAAAAUUAUAA